CAAAAAUGACAGCAUUUCACCAUCAAACUGGCCUAGAUUAAUUUAUUCAACUGCAUCUGUGCAGGCUAGACUGCACAGCUGACCAGCCAAAAUGUUUAAAAUCGAGUCAUACAUCGCCCCACUUUUGAUGGGCUACAUUGACAAGUAUGUCAAGCUGCGGACAGAGGAUUUUCAACUGUCACUCUGGGGAGGAGAUGUGGUACUUAACAAUCUGGACCUUCGCCUCGACGUCAUUGAAGAAGCCAUCCAACUGCCAAUCAUAUUCAAGAGUGGUCACAUUCACGAGCUUCGCAUGCACGUUCCGUGGACAAAGCUGCGCUCAGAACCUGUGGUCAUCACGAUUAACACAAUCGAGUGCAUCCUGAAAGUUCGCGACACAGGCUAUGACAAUGACAGCAGCAAAUCUAGCAGCUCUGAUGUCCAUCGUUCUGCCUCCCAACAGAAACUGAAAGUGAAACAAAAACCAGAUGCUCCAGAUCUUCCUCCCGGUUACCUGCAGAGCCUUGUCAACAAAGUUGUCAACAAUGUCAAUAUUGUUGUCAACAACUUGAUCCUGAAAUUUGUUGAGGACGACAUUGUGUUGUCCAUCAAUGUCAAGUCUGCAGAGUGUUACAGCGUAGACAAAGACUGGGCCAGGGCUUUUGUGGAGUUGUCUCCCUUGGAUUUAGUGCUGAGGAAAGUUGUCAGCUUCUGUGAUUUGACAGUAUGCCUGGACAAAAGCGAUGCAAGUGGAAAAAUUGAAAUGUACCAGGACCCUGUGUUGUACCGUAGUUCCAUCACAUGCAGAUUACACACAAUCUACGAAUCCCUGCACUCCAAGUUCCCAUCAGUCACCAAACUGAACAUGUUUUGUGACAAGGUGGAGCUGACGUUGACCGACACCCAGCUGCCCAUGUGUAUCCGUCUGGUGGAGCUUUGUCUGGCUAUUUACUACGGGACACUGGGACGGUCAGACUCGGAGAGAGAUCAGACUGUCGAGCCGGUCAGUCAGGAAGUCCAGAGGACAGAUUCAGCUGGAGCUGCCUUGAGUCCUCUGACAGACACGGAUGUAGGGUGGGGAGAGUGGGCAUGGUCAUUUGUCCCACAAAUUCUGCCUGAGGGGGAAGAGGAGGAGGAUGAAAAUGGGGAGUCCAGGGCUAAGACCAAACCUGUCUCCCCUAUCUUCACCAUUGGUAUCUACAUUCCUAAGGCUUCUGUAACAUUCAAGUUGACAGAGAGCAUCCGUGAAUCAAUCCACUACGGCCCUAACAAGGUGACCUUCAGACCACUCUUAUACCUGGAGGCUGAGGGGCUGGGGCUGGAAAUCCUGGUGGAAGGGCUCAAGUUCUUCAGUGUCCAGUGUGGGGUAACAAAUCUCACGCUGAGCGGGCAGGGCGAGUGUGUAUGCGGCCAGGAGGACAGUGUACACCCAAGGAGUUCCAGGUUGCUGACCGGGGGAUCUAGUCUCUCCGAGCCCAGGGCCCUUUCUUACACCAGUGACUCACUGUUCGAUCCCCUCAGCUCAGAAAACCAGGGGAAGACAACUGAGUAUGUCACCAACUUUGAUAAACACAUGGAGGUGUGCACAGAAACAUUUGGCCUGGACAAGUUUGGUCUGUUCUGGUUUGAUUACGUUUACACAGUGGAGAUUCCGGAGCAAAGCCGACAUGGGAGCAAAUCCUCGGCCAGCGGUGAUGUUGACGACUUUGAGACAAGUAAAGAAAAGGCAUCUCUCAGGUUUUUGUUUGGUUCCUGUACGCUAAACAUCAGCAGCAGCCUUGUACAUCGUGUGAGGAAAUUCCUGUACUGUGCUGGAAACCAUCAGUACGAACCAUAUGCCUCACCUGUGCCAGAUCGAGCUGAUGAGGAUAGAGCGCCCCCUAGUGACCAGCAAGUCCAAGCUUUAGAAGAAUUCAUUCCAACCAGAACUUACCAUCUGACUUUUGUUAAACCAGUAAUAAAUGUCCUGUCUGCAGAACAUAGUCACUGUGAUGUCAAGAAAAGAAAACGCCCAAGCUCUGCCAAGAAAUCCCAAAAGACCAAGUCUUCAACAAACUCUGGGGCUUCCCACACUCAGUAUUCAUUACCAACGCUCAGGGCUUCUGCUGAACGCUUUGACCUUCAGAUCUCUCUGCCAAUGUAUGGCAAUAAACUGGUGUCCAUGGUGAGCAAGAUGGCGGGUCCAUCAAGCAACCUUCUCCACCACUGUUACUCUCACACACAGAUCAAGUUGUUCAGUUUUCAGAUGGGCCUUACUCGUGUUGACUCAUCUGGCACCAGUGACUCAGUGCUCACCGUCAUACCAGCCUGCAGUGGUGCCCUCUAUAGGAGAAGUCUGCUCAGCCCUGACAGCUGGCAAAAUCUUCACCUUCCUCAUGUGGAAUGGAUGUACGAGAUACCAUCUGUGAUUGUGAGCACCACAAAACCCCAGCUUUUGCUGAUUGCCCACAUAAUUACCUCAUGGCGGGAGAAAAACCCCAAACCCUGGCUGCUAAUGGGCAACUCUUUACUUGAGGAUACCUUCAAACCUCAGGAAGGAAGAACUGUGUACCGUGAGCCCCUCCUAGAGGUGACUGGGUCAGGACUGGAGAUUAAGCAGUGUACCACCCCUGUGGGGUUUUCUGCCACGGGAACAUUGGCUUCUCUACAGGCCAUCCUCUAUGCUAAUGCGGAAGGCGGAGACUGUGUCAUACCCAUCCUCUCUGCCCCUGCCACCACUCAGCACCUCCGUAGCCCCGCCUACUUCACCUCGGAGACGCCCAUGGAGAUACCAGACAACAGACAAGACUGGAUCACCUUUACAUACCAGGUGCCGUCAUCAACUAGUACUGCAGAAGUGCCUGCUGUUGUUCUGGCUGAGGUUACAGGGCUGACAUUUUGCCUGGACCCAAUGAUCUACCAAUGGCUGCUGUACAUCCCGCGCCUCAAAACAUCCUCCAUCCCAAAGCCUGCAGGGGAGGAGUCUAAGAUCUUUGUGGAUCUGGCAUUGGCCAAUGCUGCUUCACCUCUUAACCAAUCACAAAUGUCGGUGCAUUCAGAGAGCUCAGUGAAGGAUCAAUCCGACUCCUGCCCUACUCCCACUAACACCCAGACUCCCACCCAGGGUUUAACACAACCAACCCCCUCCCAACCUACCCCUGCACUGUCCACACCAGGCCAAGUCCACAGACACACAGGCUCAGCCAGUGAUCAACAGGGAUAUACCAGCAGUGAAGAGAGUGAGGAUCUUUGGGGCAGAAAAUGUGCAGACAUCUUUCCUUUGGUCAGAAUUCUACAGAUUCAGGUGGAGGUGUCAUCUUUCUGCCUGUUCAUGCCCAAGUCUACGGUGAUCAUAGGGGAUGCUGGGAUGGACAUCGCUGAGAAUCUGCUUGGUGUGUAUCGUAGUGGCACCCUACCCGACACCCUUGUCUUGUCUCUCCCGUCCCUCAGGCUUCACAGCUGUGGGUUUAAGCCCCUGUCCGUGCUUCAGGAAAUCCCUAUCCCGGUGCUGGAGGGGACGCUUAGAGGUGAGAAGUUGCCAUGGUCAGUCCAAGUUGCUGAUGCUGCUAUGUACACCCUUCAUAAGAUGCGGAGAGCCUACCCCAUCCUGAAGCCGACAGACUUCUCUUGUACUGUGGCCGUGAGCAGCAAAUACAGCCCCCCAACCUCUGACAGUAUCUCUGCCCUGGGGGCAUGUAUACACCUGGACAUGACAGGGAUUAAACUCUGCCUCUCAGCUCAACAGGUUCAGACAACAGCCUUACUGUUGACCCAAAUUACCAGCGUGGGGAAGGAACUCAGUGGCUUUUGGGGGACGUCUCUGUCCACAGAGGGCAAAAAACCUUCUCCAGAGGGGGUGGAGGUCAGGACUGACCCACCUCCUUCCACCCCACAUCACGCACCACCAGUGGAGCCUUCCACAAGUGGUGCUGAGGGUGUUACCACAGAAACGUCGGAAGACUUGUCAAGGGAGACAACUCCUAACCGGGAGCUGGAGAUCGAGGAGGUGCAGUCGUCAGGUGUGAGGCUGUCUUUCUGGUUGCAGUGGACCCUGCCGAAGUUUGAGCUUUUGUUGUAUGGAGAAGAAAAGAGGAAUAAACUGGAGAGGUGUGUGGCUGUUCAGCUAGAAGAGCUGAUCAUGUCCAUUGACCUGCAGGAAGUAUAUGGCAAGGUCAAGGCCAAGGUCGGAAUGGCAGGAAUCCGUCACUAUGUCAAAACACUUGGGGAGAACUCGUGGGUUCUUGGAGGAAAUGAAGGUCUCCUUGUGUCUGGGCCGAGCAGCUUGCCUCGCAACAUCCAGGUUGUAUCAAAUAAACUAUGGACCAAUGACAGCCUUCCGUCACCGAUGGGGUCGUUGUACACUGUCAGUGAUGUGGUUGGUCGGGACAAAAAUCAUGGGCUCUUGUCAUUCACCUUCACCAGAGCCCUGUGCAAGAAUGUGAAGCGACGGAUGCGGAAACUGAAUGUGGAGCUUGCAGGGCUCCACGAGGACACAAACUCACACAUGCAAGAUUUACUGGCAAAUAACUACAGGAAGUACAUCUCGGAAGUGUGCUUCACUUUAGAGCCGUGUGAUACUUUCCUCUUCAAACCAGUUGUUGGACUUAUCGUCAACGUCUUCAGCUACAGUUUGCCGCGAGACGGUCUCAGCGGGGUGAAGUUCUCCAGGCCCUCGGUGAAGCCACAGCUCCAGCUUGGCCCAAACCCAUUAUCAAGCCUCAGGGGAAGCAACUCUGCCAGCUCUCUAAAGAACUCUCAAAGCUCAUCCAAAAUGCCUUUGUCCUCUGCGUCCAUUCCACUGAUGUAUGUGAACAUUUCCGGCAUGAGGGUUUUCGUGCCUGUCGUAGACGUGACUCAUAACCCCAAUGACUCAAUAGAUGAUUCAAUACGGAAGAAAACAUCAACUCAGAACCAUGACAUGUUUCUGCUUCAGUUUUCGUCCUUGUCACUUAACCCACAAGCGGAGAAUCCUUUGUCCAGGUGUGUGAUGGAGAAAGAGCUGUAUCGACGGGCACUUCAUGCUGGGGUUACUCAGCAUCCAGGCUCACAGCUGGAAGACAGGCAAUAUCAGCUAGACAUUAAGGCUCUCACCUUCUGCUCAGGUGUGUGGGAAAACUUUACACGAAGGGUCUCCCGUCCUGAGGGUAGUGCUGUGGCCCACAACCCUUCGGUACAGAUCCCUGCCGUGGAGUGGAAUAACUUGAUGAUACCUGUGCAGAAGGAAAAGGACAUCAGAGUUAUUCCCCUUGCUUCCCGGUUUGACUUCAAAGUGGUGCUUGCUCCAGCCAUUGUCUACACACCUCCAUCAGGUGUACAGAAGAAAACUGUCAACCAGGAGCCUAUAGUGGUGUGUGGCCAUGCUGUGGAAAUCAAUAUCAUAAGUGACUUAGACUUCUACCUAAGUACCAGCCAAAUCAACCUCCUCCACAAAAUGGUGGCAAACAUUACAGCACCUAAUGAAAAUGCUGAAGACAGUGGUGUGGCCAUGCUGACUGCUAAUGCAUCGCAAUCCAGGGGAGAGCACCAUUUGAUCGAUAGUGGCGUUGAAAGUGACGCAUCAACAGCCAACACACAUGCUCAAAUAGAAUCCCGCGCCAAGGCCCUUCCCAUUGCCAUUGGUCACCAGCCAGAAGUGGUUGCCUUUACUAAAGGUCAGGGCCCAAGGAUAACUCCGCUUGAUGUUUUGCUGACAGCCGGUCGAAUCACAUGCAUGUUGUACAGCCACAAGACACAAACGGACGGAGUGAAAUUGUCUGUGGGUAAGAAAAAGUCAAAACUGGCUCAUUCCAAAUCGAAGAGGGCUGAUCGAGACAAGAAAACUGGAGUGUACAGCGGCAAGAAAAGCUCAUACAUCCAGGCGUGGUCGAGCUGUGGUUAUUUAGCAGACGAAUCCAGCGACGAGUUUGAAGGGAACUAUGACCCAGCUACUCACCUGCGCUUUAUGAAUAUUCAUGCAACGUCGGACAGCCACAGCUCACGUGAUGAGGAGACAGGGAUUGUCAUUGUACCAUUUCUAUACAGUUAUUUCUCACAGCCGCAUGCAGUUAUCUCCCUUCAACCGGACACCCAGAAGGUGGAGCUGUCCUGUUAUGAUGUCAUGCUGAAAGGAGCAGCAGUGGAUCACAUCAUUAAAGUUGAUGACCACAAAUUUUUACCUGACUGUUCUGAUUAUGCCACCCACUGGCUGGAGACUAGGUCUGGAUCACCUAACAUGAAGACAGGUGUACCUGCCAGCCUCAUCACUGUGAGGGUCACUGACCUGCUACAGGGACCAGUGGGGGCUAACCCUAACCUGCGGACAGGUGUACCUGCCAGCCUCAUCACUGUGAUGAUCACUGACCUGCUACAGGGACCAGGGUCCAGUGGGGCUAGCCCUAACCUGAGGACAGGUGUAGCUGCCAGCCUCAUCACUGUGAGGGUCACUGACCUGCUACAGGGACCAGGGUCCAGUGGGGCUAGCCCUAACCUGAGGACAGGUGUAGCUGCCAGCCUCAUCACUGUGAGGGUCACUGACCUGCUACAGGGACCAGGGUCCAGUGGGGCUAGCCCUAACCUGAGGACAGGUGUAGCUGCCAGCCUCAUCACUGUGAGGGUCACUGACCUGCUACAGGGUCCAGGGUCCAGAGGGGCUAGCCCUAACCUGAGGACAGGUGUACCUGCCAGCCUCAUCACUGUGAGGGUCACUGACCUGCUACAGGGACCAGACAGCGUUGCCACCUGGAGGAUUGAUUCUGAACUAGGAAAAGACAACUCCAAGAUUGACAUGCCAAGGAAAGUGUCAGGGAAUGCUGAGACAUCAGAGUCCACUCUCAUGACUUUCCUCAGCCACAGAGUGAAAAGCGUAGAGUUACAGACUGAACAGGUUGUGCUAUACGCAGAGACCCUUACAGACCAACAGACACCCUUUGUUCUCGUCGCACUGGGCUCAAUCAGCGCUGAUGCUGAACUUCAUCUUAAUGACAAAGAUCAAAUUGGAGAAAUCGCUGCCAAUCUGUUCGCAAAAGACAUUCUUGUGAAGACUGGGUUUGAAAGCAAGGCCAGACCUCUGAUUGGUCCAUUUACAGUGAAUUCUGAUUGUGUAGUCCAAUGGGGAGACCACAGUGGCCCUGAUUGGCUGCCAAAAGUUACCAUGGUUACAGAUAUGGGACUGGUAACCAUAGAGAUAGGUCAGGAGCAUAUUCUCUGUAUGGAGAUGCUGCAAGAACACAUCGUAGAAUUUCUGCAGCCUGAAGGUCAAGGAACUGACCAAUCCUCUGCCAGCUUGCCGUCACAUGACCGUCCUCAGGUGCCUGUCAAAGUGAAGUUAUCAGAGGAUUUUAUCAUCAGUCAGACUCAAGAUGACCUGAAGACAGGGACAUUCCAGUACAUCGUAGACGAAGGUGAGGGUCUUCACCCUAACCCUGGGGAAAUUGUGUUUGGGGUGGAGUCUGAUGCCGGUGACAGCACAAUGACAUGGAGUUAUCACCAACCAAGAGUUAUCUCCCAUUUCUCUGUCAGUCCUGUGCCAUUUAACAUCUCAGAAGACGAAACGUCAGGUCAAAGUCCUUCCUCGCCUAAGAUCCCAUGCACGCUUCAAUACUGGGAUGUGAUGGGGAGAGAGUUUGUGGACUAUCAAGAGUUUUUCCUGUCAGAGGAUAAAACAUGUCUGCUGUCUCUGCCAGAGGUGAAGCCUCAUGUCAAUAAUCUGGUGGUGGCCCUGAUGUGGAGGGUGGUUAUGUCGGGUCAUAUGGAUCAGGAGGAAGAAGAGGCUGAAGAGAGGACAUCGACCAGUUCUUCAGUGAGAAGCAGCUGUAUGGUACUGCCCAUGUCCCUGGCGGCGUGUAUCCGGGUGGACUCGUGCUUUGUCCCAAGUCUCAUCCCCACCCUACAGGUCUCUCUGUCUGUCUCCCUCAUUGAGGUCCAUCUGAGCAACCAUCUGCAGCAAAUGGGUGAUGUCAUACCCACCAAACUUCAGCCAUACUUUGCUGAUUCUUUGGCCCCUCUUGACCAAGAGUUUGGUGUGAUCAUCAUUGACAACCCUGGUGUUAUUAUAUCCAGGGUUCAGGGCCAGCAAGCCCGAACUACCAUUGGAAUUUCAGCAGCCGCGCAGCUGGAUGUAGUGGAAUAUAAGUUUCUGACCAGACAGACUGUCAUAGAAUCCACAAGUUUCCACGGCAACCUGACCAUCUUUCCUGAAGAUCAGAGUCUUACUGUGGACUGUGCUGUUGAUAUUGAGCCAAUGUUAGUGAGGCUGGGUAAAGGUGCUGUACACACACUGGACUGUGCUGCUCAGGUGUUCUCACAGAUGUUGACUGACAACAUAGGAGAGCCUUCACCGAGAAUCAUCUUCAACCAUUACAUCAUCUGCAACAACACUCAGCAGAGCAUUCGCUUUGGACAGGUGGGCAGUGAUGAGAAUGUGUGUGUGCAGAGCAGAGAGAUGAACCUGUACAGCUGGAGGACACAGACACUGCCACAGAGACUCCACCUGUGUUUAGACGGCUCCAAGUGGCAGUGGUGUGAACCUUUCAGUGUGACCAAUCAGCGCACAUUUGUGAGGCGUGUGAACACGGCAGAACAGACAUAUACGGUGGUCAUCAAGGUCAAACACCUGUCCAACGUACACACACAGGUCAUCAUCAGUGGUCAGUUGAUGGUGUCCAGUCGACUCUCCCACACCCUGGAGCUAAAGAUGUCCACAGGCCCCGCAGAUGCAACACCUAUCGCAGAAAACAGCGUGAUGUUGGGACCGGGUGCCACACCCCCCACGUGGGUGCUGGAGCAGAGCGACAUGAGGUCUUUCAGGGUCAGAUUAACCAGUAUUAAAACCAUGUGGUCACAGGAAGUGUUUGUGUCAGGUGACCGGAUGAAGGACGCACGAUUGGUUAAGAUCCCGUUGCAUGACCGAGGCAGCUGUAUACAUGUAUGGUGCCACACCUACCAGCAGAAUGUGGACGGAAUCAGGCAGACACUGGUUUUACUGUCUCCGCUAUACGUGGUAAGAAGUCACCUGCCACACCCUGUGUACAUUAACAUAGAGACAACCAAGCUCAAGUCUCAGUCACAGGUGGAGGCCCCAGGCCAGGGGAGAGAACUGGAGUUACAGUGUAUGGGAGGAGAUCUCACUCACCAACUCACAUUCCAGCUCGGACCCACCCUGCCCAAGUCCAGCCCUGCUGUAUCUCUGUCCACUGGUCUGAUAGAACAGGUGACACGUACCAAGCUGGACACAGUGGACCUUGACAGGCUGUGUUACGAGAGGAGUAAGAAUAAGCACAAUGGCACCUGGCCAUUCUGCUAUGAGGACAGCAAUAGAGAGCUGUCUUUGCUGAACCCCUCUGUCUCAGUACAGCCAGGAAACACGUCUGCUACUGUCCGUGGGGGCCCUCAGCCUAACAUUGACCUGAAUGUCAGCCUUCUGGAGUACUGGCCAGGAUGUAACACACUGCUGGUCACUGUAGCACCCUCCUGUCUACUAGUCAAUCAUAGUGGGCUGGACAUAGUUGUCAUGACAACUGAAGAAGACGGAGAUUGCUGGGAUGUUCCCAAUGGCAAUGUGUUAGCCCCUCCUAAAUUUCAGACUGGCCUGAGGCUAGGGGUGAAGGAUGACCAGGGUUUGGCCAUGUCCUCACCGGUCAGGCUCUCAGAGGAGGAAUGGUCAGUACGCAGGCAUCGGUCAGACUCCAGCCACACCCUCUACAUGGAUGGGUAUGUCCAGUUGUCCAUCAUGACGGUCAGACAUGGCUGCACUCAGAUGUGCAUGCUAACGGUGAGGUCAAGGCUUGAUCAGGGCAUGAGGAUUCUGACUGUCAGGGAGCGUUAUGCGGUUAGCAGCCUUACCACGGGGGUCCUUGUGGACGUCUUAAGCUACACCAUUCCUCUGGGACAGCAGGUUUCUCUUAAUAACAGUCCAGAGGCAACCUCAGUAUUAAGUCUCAAAUCAGGUGAAACCUCCAAACCAAUAGUUUCUCCUCUCCUUUACUGGAGAGUUCUUCCAGGGGAGUUAAAUAAGGAAGAAGACAUGUCCUUUGUACAGUAUAUAUGCCUGAGGAAUGGAGACAAAGCCGAAUGGGCAUGUCCGUUGAGAGUCACAGCCACAGAAAAUGGGACAAGGUCAACAGUGACGCUACCAAAACCUCUCGACUGUCAAUCAGGCAUCCAUACUAUCCCUCUAGUGAUGACAGGACAUCUGAAAGACGGAGUUACCUACCUUGUUCUCCAAGAAGACAAAGCUCCUUCCUUUGUAAUUCACAACCAUUGUACAUUCCCCUUGAGCUAUGGACAGGCUGUGGUCAAUUUGUCUUCCACUGAUUGUACAGUUCAGGAGGAGACGGAGCUGUGUCCCAGCGUACCAACAGUCCAGCCUAAUCACCAUGCUCACUACACCUUUCCGUAUGUGAACAGCAAGUUCCCGGAGAUGUACGAGGCUUCUUCCAUACCCAGAAUGCACCUCAAGCCACUCAUUGGUUCACCGAAUGAGCAGCAGUGGAGCAGCGGGAUAGAUCUGAGUCAAGAGCAGGACCGAGUCAUCAGCAUAGCGUCCGGACUUGACCUCAAGCUUCAUGUGGAAAAGGUGGCCAUGUUGACUCUUGUUGUUGUUGAAACUGUCAGCAAAGCAGAGAUUUCGGCCAAGGAGAUCCGCAGCCGAAUCAAGGGUGGGGAAAAGACGGUUGUGGUCAGUGUGGAUCGUGCAGCAGUUGUGUCAGAGGGGGAGCCAGCUGUCUUGACUGGGGGUGGUUCAGGAGAUGGUGUUUUUGAUAAAUCAAUCCCCGAGAGAUUACCAAGCCUGCAGUCACUUCACAUGCUUCCUCGUCCUCAGAAAGCCCCAUCAGAAAGAAGUUUGAGGAUGAGUGUUGGUGUGUUCUUGCGGCAUUUCUGCUUUGUCAUGCUAGACGAAAGUUCUUCUGAGGACACGGUGGGAGAAGUUCUGCGGGUGAGCAUGGACAAUACGUACAUCACCUACUACCCUGUGAUCCUGAACAGACCACAGUCCCCACUCACAGAAAGCUUAAAAAAGCACUGCGUAGGGCUGUGUGUAGGUGAUAUGCAAAUUGACAACCAGUGCUUCGAGAAGGGACAGUUCGACUUCCCAGUCAUGCUGGUCAGGCAGGACAAAACAGCAGAAACCGGCCCUGCAGAUAUCGACGAAGAUUUCUUCAGCUUUACUGUGAUAGAAAAACACGCGUAUCUCCGAAGAUGCAGCCUGAUCCAUGCUCAGCUUGUGCAGUUAAGUUCGCCAUUUUGCAGAGGCUUAGUGAACGAUUCCUUAGAUGUUGCUCUGCAGCCAUUGUGUAUUUAUAUUGACGACUGCUUUGUGUAUAGAAUUUUGAAAGAAACGGAGGCACUGUUACCCAUAAAACUUUCAGUCGACAGGCAUCGAGAAGUCAGCAGCAGCGAGCUGCCUUCCAGCGUUUUAAACGCAUCCGUGUGUGGUGCAGACCCUGCAGUAUUCCGACAUCUCAGCAUUCAGCCUAUCAGGCUCCUUUUGAGUGUCCAUGCAUCCCUCAAGGUCUUCAUUGCCUCAGACCAGACCCCUCUGACGUUCGGGAAGUUUGAACGGGCUAAUGUCUUCACUACAGGACACCAGCUGUCUAAAACCCUGGUGAUGCAUUAUGUUUCUGGAGCCAUCUUCAGGGCAGGUUUGGUGGUAGGCUCCUUGGAUGUCCUGGGAAACCCCACAGGUCUGGUCAGGAGCGUGGGCAAUGGGGUGGCUGAUCUCUUUCGUUUGCCUUACGCUGGUCUCACGCGCAGCCCAGGUGCAUUUGUGUCGGGGAUCUCUAGUGGAAUGUCUUCCUUCCUACGCAAUAUUUCAGCAGGGACGAUCUCCUCCAUCACAAACUUUGCCGCCAGUGUCUCGCGCAAUAUGGAUCGCCUGUCCCUGGACAAUGACCAUUUCACACGUCAGGAGACGAAUCGUAAAUCCCGCCCGGCAGGGCUGUCCCAUGGGAUCAAGCAGGGACUCACAGGCUUUGGCCUCAGCCUGCUGGGGGCUGUAGCAGGCCUUGCUGAUCAGCCGAUCCAGGGAGCGCUGCAGAACCAGCAGGCAGAAUCGCGGGCAACAGCCACAGCCACGGGAAUUGUCUCGGGUGUUGGGAAAGGCCUGAUGGGAGUCGUGACCAAACCAAUAGGAGGCGCUGCGGAAUUUGUGUCUCAGACAGGACAAGGUUUCUUGCACAGCACUGGGCUGGUGAAGUUAGCUGAGCAGAGGUACAGGCCUGUGGAGGAGAGCUGGACCUCUGCCCUGAACAGUCGCGCAAAACAUCUUGGGAAGAUCCUCCACUCCCUUCCCCCUGGGAACUCCCUCAUCAUGGAGCUUGCCGCCACCCAGUACGAUGCUGCCGACCAAGCCAUGCCGGUCAUCCUUCUGUUGACCACUGACAUCCUAUUUGUCCUGAGCUGUGAGGAGGAUGGUCAACAACAAGCCUUCACUCUUAUCCAGCUUGACUGUGUCCACCGUGUGAACGAACCAACGCUUGUCACCCUCGUCUGGCGGGACUCAAUUCAAUACCCCAUCAAGCUGGAUCCAACAGUAGACCGUGUUGCAGAAUACAUUGACAAGUCCUCCAGUUUUGUCAGCUUGGCAGGGGUGGAGAGUGUUGCUAAUGGACACAGUCAGUCAGAUUCCUCGCCCACGUCACCUAGCACGGAGACUGUGACUACACCCCGUUACGAAUUCCACGUGGACUCCAACUAUAGGGACACGUUCAUCACACUGUUUGAGAUGACAAAGAAACAUCAGCUGGGGCAGGGGUUUUUAUUCUGAGCAUGUCAGAUAAUACACAUAAAGCAAAUAGCAUACUCUCUACCCAAAAUGUAUGAAUUUUGUAUUCUUUUGUACUGAAGUUGAAAUUUGGUCUUGCUGUUAUUUAACUACAUAAUUUAAAUGAAAUGUCAAAUUCAAGUGAUUUGAAUUUGUAUGUGAAAAAAAAAACAUUUAAGACCACUACAACCAUAAAUUUGAUCCUAAAUUUAUUGUGCUUAAAAAUGAAAUGUUUAUGGUAUGUCCACUUAAGAGACAGAAAAAGAAACAGGACAGAAAGAGCAGAUUUGAAGAUUUGUUUCUUUUAUGUAAGUAAUAAUGGAACUAAAAUAUAUCUGAAGAAGUUAAGGUAUGAUUUUAGUCACCUGAGGGUUCUCUUUGACCUUGACCUCAAAGACCAUGGUGUAUGAUCAAGGUCAUAAGAGAGAGAAUGAACAGGUAUUGCUCACAUCAAAUCAAAAUGCAGUUGUUGGAUUCUGAUUUGCUGAGGGAAUGUUCUCAUUAUUUAAAAGUUUACAAUGUCGUAAUGACAGGUAUAUGAUUUCUAAAGAACCUUUUUUUGCGGGCAAUUGGGGGAAAUCUGCUUUUCUGGCUGCAUGGCUUUGGUCUUUUUUAUGUUUUUUAUAGCUGUUUGGAUGAUUUCUUGUGAUGCUUGCGAAUGUUAAAAUAUGUAAAUGAUGAUAUUUUUAUGUGAAAUUAAACCAUGAGGAAUCUAUCCAUUAUAUGCGGCCGGGUAAUGACUUGACAUUCCAAAUUUCUUUGCAUUAAUUAAGUAUUGUGGACUGAUGCGUAAGAUUUCAAGCAAAAUGGAAGUACCCUUUAAAUUUCAGUUGACAUGGCGUCACAUGACCUAAAACCCCCAAUUCUCCUAAUUUUUAUGACAUACAUUGGUAGUGCUGGAAGCAAAGACUUACAUUUCUCUACUAGUUUUGGGGGAAAGUACACAUGAAUAUGUUGUUCCUUAGAUGGAAAACAACCCUAAAUAUUCCUGCUACAAUUAUAUGGACAAUGGCUAUAAAGAGCAGACCAGGUGUCCCCCUAAAAACAGAAGAAUUAGAUUAUGCUAAAAGCAGAGCAUGCAGAAGAAGAACAAUACUAUAUGUUACAUCCAUGCUGUGUGUAGGCUGCUCUGAAUUACACGUAAUUUGUAAGUUGCCUAUAUCUGAUCCAAUACUUGUAUAUGCUGGUGUUACCUAGAAAAUCUCCGCUUGAACUGCAUGUAUACAGGUCACGCGAAGGAAAUCCCCCAACAGUGCGCACACUCCAUCCCCUAUAGAUGUAUUGUACGUCACUGAUACCAUUAGCUGGCCGGGGAUUCACAUUUUGUUCAAAGCGAAGUGUUAAGGCAUGUAAGGCAGGAAGUGAUGUCAGCAGGAAAAAAAAGCUUUAUCUACUUUUUUUUUUGUCUUCCACUACUUGAUACUUGCAUGUGUGUGUUUGUUACUUUUCCGAAGUACAUGUACACAUAUCUUUGUAAUAGAAGUUUUUCUUGUUUUUAAUUCUUUUAAUAUUGGCAAACAUUAAUUGUUGAUCCAUACUGAAGGAGGAGGUAUGAAUGAUGCUGGGUAAAUAAUAUACCCCAAGUAGAGUUGAAAGGUCGCCCGUAUCUGAUGGUGUCAGUGAUGUAUGUUAAGGGAAAGGUUCGGAUCAAAGCAUGCACUGUGAGGAGUUUACUGAUUUAGACCAAGAUUGCAGGUGAAUAUUAGCAUAGUGGCCGAGGCCACUUUCACUGGCAUUUGGUUUGAGAUGAACUAGGUGUGGAGCCUUACAUGAAGCAUGUUGGGGAAGAUGACAGCAUUCGGAAAAUCGCCAGUACUAUGUAUGGGAAGUACCUUAUACUGUAUUUCAAGUUGCACAUUCCCAUUGCGGUGAAAUUUUACCAUAUCAUUCAUUGCUGAUCUUGAUUGUGAAAAAUUCAUGUGCACUAUGGUAUAUGUAUGGCUAUUUAUUACUUUUUCUGAGUUAGAUUGUCCGUGGUUUAGCACUGUCGAUCCUGUGUUCGAUUUAUCUACUUGUGAAUAUUUAUGAAAUCAAGUUCCUGCUUUCGUUUUUAUUUCUGAGGUUAUGAUAUUGCCCAGCUACAUAUCAGUCUUAAGCUUGCUUAUUUUAUAUGGGAAAUAGUAUUUUUUUUUUACAUUGGGUUUUAAAUUAUUUAAUUCCUGAAGUUCCGAAUUGCGCUAUAAGAUGGUAAAAUCCUGCCGUAUAUAAAACGUAAUUUUCAUCCCAUUGUACUAUAUUUGGGCAUUCAGAUGAGAUGUUUUUAUUGCUGAAAUUCUCUGUUUUAGCAGCUUUGUACAAUAAGAGCAAAAUUAUUUUAAUUGUGGAAGAAAAAUAUUUAAUUUUGUUGGAAUGUCAGCCUGAGAUUUAAAUGAUAACUGACUUGAAAAGUUAGAAAAUAAAUUGUCUCUGUUGAUGUACAUGGAAAUCAGCCAUCUAGUCAGAAGGCAUGUCCGUCAUGCCCGUGUCAUCUUCCACUAAGUUUAAGGGAAAAUCUUGGAAUCCUGGAGACUUUGGAUGUAUUUUCUUUUAAAGAAUAUGGAAACAGAUGAAAAAACGGUUUAACACAAACCAUCAACAAAUUUCAUUUAAUAUAUCAAGAAAUCCAGAAUAGAAAUCCACUGAAUAGAUUAAAUCGGCCUUGAUAUACACGCUCUAUACAUAUUGCUGUGGUAAACAUUCUUUUCACGUUUAGUGAUUAUAGUUUCCACACACAUCAAAGCAACAUUAUCGUCGUUAAAAGCUUAGUCUCCCAAAAGGGAUAGCGCAUUGGUCUAAGCACAUUUUAAGCGUGAAAUUCAUGUAUUGCGAAAUCUCGUUUGUAGCGCGGUUUUGCAGCUUAUCACAUAGAUUCAUGGUCACGUGUCAGUAUUAUCAUUUUGAAGGAAAUUGACGUUGAAAGCGGAAUUUCAAAUUACAUGAACCAUAUUCCAUAUUUUCAUGAUGAUUCACAUGUUAAUCCAUGGGUGAUGAAUAUUGUAGAUUAUAUAGCCUUACGUUACUGAUCGAUCCGAUGUUCUGCAAUACUAGAAUGCAUGUUUGAAAUCCACUGCACUGUCGUGCUGUGCAACUAGAUGGUUGCCAAAUACCGAAUGCUUUCCAUGCAUGCCAUGCAUGCUGUGUGGUUAUGAGUGCUUUAAAUUAAAGUUGUGUACAUUUCUUUCCAAUUGCCCACAUUAUACCCUCAUCAACGUGGAACAUGUCCAAUCUAUUUGCGAGUUCUUUUUACUAAUAAAUGUCCAUUAUAAAGAGUAAGGGGGGAGAUGGGGUUUGUUCCUGACCUGAGUAUGGACAAUGGAAAUUGAUUGAGACAUUAAUUGAUUUAUCCCAUCAAUUACUAAUUCUUAAUGCACUUAUGAUAGGAUCAACCACAAUUAGCCGUAGAAGGACAAGCUAUUCUCUGAGCUAAGUGAUGUUGUAACAACAUUUAGUUUUGAUGAAAGGAAAAUUAACUAUAAUGAAAGAAUUCAUGGUAAAUUCAUUGUCUUUGUCAUUCAGUUAUCUGUUGUUGAGCCAGAUCAGAGUCUCAGGUUGCCGUGCCGCGGAAAAAGACCAGUGGUAAACGUGGGCGGUAACCAGUUAGAAAUUAAUUGUAUAAAUUUUGUGCCGAUAUUUUGUAGGAGGUUUUGUGCCGAUUUCUAUCAACGGAAUUUUUGUGAUGGUGUGAAACUUUUUGUUCUGGUGUGGAUUUUGUGCCGAUACAAUGUACAUGUGUAUGGAAUUUAUCAGUUGAUUUUCCGAUGUGAGUUUUUUGUGUCGAUUUUUUUGUGUGAUGUUUUCUCUGGUAUGGAUUUUGUGCGGAUUUCUUUUGACGGAAUUUUUGUGCCGAUUUUCUGGUGUUGGCUUUUUGGACCAAUUCUGUGUUGUGAUCAUAGAUCAAACCAUAACGCUCUUCCCUUCAAAUGAGAAUGCUUACAAAUAGAAGAAUCUGAAGAAAAGGGCUAUACUUGUUAAAUUACUGGUUUAACUUUCCUUCAUAUUUGAGGUAUUAGCUGUGGGUUGAAAUAGAACCACUUUCUAGCCUCUUAACCCCAACGCCUGUGUGGGGGCCCUACCCUCGUGCAUGAGACUCCGAUCUGGUUUAAUAUAAAAUAAGUAUUAUGGAUUUACAGACAGGAAAACCUGUAUUUUUACUGAGAAAUUUACAUUGUACAUACAUACAAGGGCAAACCAAUGUAAACUUAUCAUGAAAUAUAUAUUGGUUAAUUUAUAAACGCUGGAAUAAAUUAAGUAUUGUUAC